AUGGAAGUCGUACCAGCAGGGCCUUCUAUACUUGACACAAUUUUCCGAGAGAAGUUUGAAACUUAUAAAAACGACCCAAGUCUCUUCCUUGGUGAUGUUCUUCGUAACUUGGAGAAAAACCUUCCGGACACCACCAACAUUUUAGAAAACGACCAGAAGUUUGUUCGAGUUCGUGGAAUGGUUCAGGAUGAUCGUGGAUCAGAAUAUGUAUGCUUGGCUUGUACUGUAGAAGAAAAUUCACAAGCUCACUUGUCUACUAUGCUUUGUCGAGACAUCAUGAAUAUGGGAGAAUCAAAAGUUGUUGAUUUCGAUGGACAAGUCGGUCGUCAUUGCUACUCGAUUGUGGAAAUUCCUGGCGUUCAUACUUGGAUGGAGAAGAUUGAUAUCCAGGAUUCAAGAACAUCUAAUUCAUCUUUGAGCAGUAUGCCCGUGGAAAAAUUAGACAAAUUCAUUGCUAAGUUCAUCGGGGAUGAGGCUGAAGAGAUACCUGUUAACACAGUUUUGGAGAUGUAUGGAAUUCUUUCUUCUCAUUCUCUUGAUUUGAAUCCUUCAGAAGCUAACACAAAUUUGGAAAAUGUUAAAAAUCUUCAUGUUUUACAUUAUAAUACAAUUAAUUGCUCCUCUAUGUAUCCAGAACAGUUAUCCAUAGCCGAUUUAAAAACAACUGGUAGAAGUUUACUUAAAUCACUCACAAACGUUUUCGGCGACGACACAACUGCUGGGUGGAUUCUUACUAACUUGAUCUCAACAACGUAUGCUCGCCCUGGCGGUAUGCCAAUCAGCUUUAUUCCUCUCAACCUUGUCGGAAUCACCGAUCCAGUAAAGAUAGUUGAUAUGUUCCAAUCUCUCGUUCCCGUGGUAAAACACUUGCCCCUCACUUCAGAGCUUCUUUCCAAUGUGGCGUUUGCUCCUAUCAAGAAUUACGAUAAAGAUAUAUUAGAACAUGGAGAGCUUCAACUUCCAAACGGAACACUGCUCAUUAUCGAUGAAACUCAAUUGCCUACAGGCUCAUUCCCAGUGUCUGGUUUCGCGGAGGCAAACUUGAAAGUUUUGGAAGAAUUCAUUUUGGAACAGAAACUAAGCUUCGAUUUCGGCUUUUAUAAGAUUCCGAUGGACGUUGAUGUUCCUAUUGUUAUUUUAUCUUCCGAUACAUCUCGAUUCCUGAGGACUCCUUUCCAAGUACCAGCGAUCACUGGAAAUGUUGAAUUCACAAAAGAUGAAAAAGAACUUGAACUUUUCCGCCAAUAUAUUUUGGUUGCCAAAUCCAAAGUGAGAGACAUUAUAAUCUCGGGCGAUACUAGUGACGCUAUCCAAAACAGCUUCGUUGAUAUGUGCAAAGAAUUGGAUAAAACAGCUGACAAAAGUGAUCUAUUAAACGAACUUCUGAUCGUUUGCAGGUUGAUGGCUGCUGGAAACUUGCGAGAAGAAGUUUUGUUCGAAGAUUGGGCUCGAUCUAUUGAGUUAGAAAGAGGUCGUAAGAAUAUCAUGACAGCUUGGAAGAAACUUACCUCUUAA